CAAGCUUUGUAUCGUUGUGUCAAUUUAGUUUCUUGUGAAUCACAAAGCAUUCCAACAGUAAGAUUACUUCGAGUAGAUUUUAAGAAAGAAAGUGAGACAUGCAUACGACGUUUUUUAUAUUUUAUUUUAAGUAACAAGUGUGACUUAACAUUAAGAACACGCUAUCAGUUUGAAUCAAAGCGUCUCGGUUUUUAUCAUUCAUAAACCCAUCUUGUCUCUUACUGAGACCACAAUGAAUGUGCUUCUCAAGAAGCUUAUAUUGGAUGAAGUGGCCAUUGUUUUUUUCUGUGAUGUUAUCAAUUCCACCAGAGUUCUGCAGUUUCAUUCGAGUAAAUAUAUAUAUAUUUCAGGCAAGACGCAGAUAUAAAAAAAAAGGUAGCUGCAACUAUUAUAAUGUCCUGUGUGAAAGUCCCAAAAGAAAUGUUAUUGAUAUCGCGGCAGCUGUAAAGUUAAAUGCUGUGAUUUUUAACUAGAUGGCUCAACAGAAAAAACCAAGCUUUAAAAAUAAGAACUCGUAUAUGUUUAUAAUCUGAUUUAAAGACAAUGUCAUAUGGAUUAGGGACACUAACAUUAAAAAUGAUAACUCUGAAAAA